CGCCGACGUUAAAAGUCAACAAAGACUCUCACGUUAUUAAAAAACCUCCGUCUCCGUCGUCUUCCUCCUCCGCGGCUAAGCCUCGUCACCCGGUGAUCAUUUACACACAUACUCCCAGAAUCAUACACACUAAUCCUAAAGAUUUCAUGGCUCUUGUUCAAAAACUCACCGGAAUGUCCCGCUCCGACGAAGAUCCCGGUGGUAACGCAAUGACAGAUCCCGGGGGAAAAUCAAUCAACCGGAGUGUCUCUGAUCUAACCGUCGACAGAAAAAAUAAUCGGAAUCGUUGCGGCGGAGGUGGUGGCAAUAAUAACUACAACAGAAGCUACUCCGGUACCGGAGCCGGAACCGGAAACGGAAAGGGGAUAUUUUUUAAUAACACGAUGAUAAGUGAAGAUAGUGAAUCGUCGUCGGUGAUAACAACUGAUGAGAACAUCGGAGAACAUGGACAGGUUAAUUCUUCUCUUCCGUAUUCGGCGGUGGCUAUUCCUCCACAGCCACCGCCUCAUCCUCCUCCGCCACCGCCUCCACCGUCAAUGUACGACGCGGCGGUGAUAAACUACGGUGCUUAUUUACCGACGUUUCCGAUUUUCCCGCCGGCGAAUCCAACUGAUAAUUUCUUAUGCGGUAAUCAGCCGUUUGCGAAUUUUGAUGAUCCGCUUUUCUUCGCGCCUAAUAUGAGAAGCUCUUUCUCUUCUUCUUCAUCUUCUGGGUUCGACGGCUUGACGGAGUUUCGCGAUUUUUAACUAAUCGGCGUUUGAAUUUUGGAAAAUAAAUUUUGAUUUUUUCUCAUUGGAGGAGGUCUUGAAAAGGACUAAUAAAUUUUGAAAUUAGUU